CGCGCUCCUAUUGAUCGUGUUCUGCGCUGCUAGGGGGUUUCAAUGGCUGGGUGGGGUGCAGUGUUUUCAGUUCGCGUCGGACAUCCAACAGAUGGAUCGCUUCUCUACAACACAGAAAACACUUGAGUUUCCCGUGAAUUAACAAAAAUGUUCGUGUCUGGGGAGUGACGCUGUAUAACCAUGAACUGAAUAUUAAGGUGCCGAAGAUGCUGCGACAUCUCUGGAUUCAUCUCAGUCAGUGGAACAACAGGAUCUUGACGUAGAAUGACGUAAUUUCGCCCGAUUCUUCACGUGGUCUGUGAUGGAGAAGGUUCCAAAUACGUCCACACCCACGGAAGUAGGAAGCAGUGACGUCACCAUAAUAUCCAGAACCUUUUUCGUCCCAGCAGAAUCUGACGGGGUGGACCAGGAUACUGGGGGCGGCGGCGGAGACGUCGUGACCCGUCAGGACAUGGGUUCGACAUCCAGCAGUCAGACCAUGACGACAACAGCAAGUAGCACCACGGCGCCAGUAACGGAUAACUUCACCGAGUUCUCUGUCUGGACCGAGGCCUUCUGGAAUUCCUCCUCCUCAUCGCCGACACUGAGUUUGCUAUUGUCUGCGGACAUCAGUCUUGCAAACGACACAGACGUUUCGGUGGUCACCGAUCUGAUUAUUCCCGGUGAAGACGAUGCGUCCUGUGUGGAAUGGGAGGCUGCGCAACACAACCUCUUUCAAACGGCCAACCUCUUCUUCGCAGCUGCAUUUAUCGUCCCACGCAGUUUUAAACAGAGCUUACUUCUACUCAGGGCGUUCCUGUGCGUGGGAUUCUCUCUGUCGGCGCUCUGGGCUGGCAUCCACGUCUGCGCGCCCGACGCCUUCGCCUGGAGCGUCGGCCUCGUGUUCCUGAACGCAGUGCACACGGCCAUCCUGACCUGUCGCUUCCUGCCACCGCCCCUCUCCGUGGAGCUGACGGAACUCUACCUGAAGCUGUUCAAGCCCCUGCGAGUCAGCAAGAAGCACUUCAAGGAACUCACCCGCGAGGGGCAACUGCUCCACCUGGAACCGGGCGAAACGUACGCCGUGGAGGAGGUCACCCCUGCAGACGAGAGGCUUUCCGUGCUGCUGAAAGGAAAGCUGCGAGUGACGUGUGACAACACGCACCUCCAUUACAUCCAUUCUCACCAAUUCAUCGACUCUCCCGAGUGGGAGGCGAACCACGACAGAAGCGAGGACGUGUUUCAGGUGACAAUAACGGCCGAGCAGGAGUGCCUCUACAUGUGCUGGUCGCGCCUCAAGCUGAAGCGAGUUCUGAGGCACCGACCAGGGCUCCAAGUGGUGCUCUCCAACAUCAUAGGUAAGGACAUCACACAGAAACUCUAUUCGCUGAACGAACACUUGGGAGCCAUGGCCAACAUCGAAAUGGCAGCCAAGGCCUUGGGCCGAUCUCCCGACCACUGGCGAUCUAUGAAUCGAAGCCUCAGCAUGGACGCCGUUCACACUGGGACGCGAGGCCACGUGCGGUCCGUAUCAUGGCGCGCACAGCAGCAGCGCAGGACUUCCGCUACUUAUUCGGACAGAUCUACGUCACCAUCACGAUUCACGCAACAUCAGUGCUGGGUCCCAGUCGUGGCCAACCACUUCCCCGUGACGUCACCAUUCGGCAACUAUCCCCACACAGUCAUCACCACGGCCUCUACAACUGUGGUAACAGCGGCCACCACAGCUGCUGUUCAGCAGUUCACGGCCUCGCCGCCUGUAGCGUUAGUGCCUGUCAUCGUACCGGUUCUAGCGCCGCCACCGGCCCAAACUCAUACUAGGUCAAGAUCUAUUCGGCGACCUGGAGGUCGAGAGGUGAAGUUCGAGACGCCGGUCUGACGCCAGCUUCCAGACGGGGGAGGCGAAGACGUCUUCAAAGAUAUCGCCCCGUACACACGCAGCAAUUCUGUACAAACAGAUGUGCAGUUGUUUGCGUUCCCCCGUUUAAUUUAAAUAACGUGACCAUGCUAUUGUGCAGCCGGUCAUAAUUUACGUAUAUGAUACCAACAGCUUUCCAGGAAAAGAAAGUUGCUACGCCAUUUCAAAACAGAGAAGUUCCCAAAAGUAUCGACCGAAAUAUAUGUCAGUGUCUCUUAUAUGAACCCAAUUAGCAGUGUCAACAAAGAUUAAUGGCAGUUCCAACUCACAUAACUUCCCUGGUGUAAAACGCACACAAUUACCUGGAUAUUUAAGUCAACGUAGAAUCCUCACGUACGAAUUAUCUGAAUCAGUGUAAAUGCCAUACAAACACACCAAAGUUACAAAGUAAAAGAUGCAACUGGAUUGUGUUUAUCGAAAUGUGUUCAAAGACGCUUCAUUAAUACGACAGAAGUGACUGAGUGAGUAGAUUUGUGUUGGUUUCUGCACACGGUCCUUUCUAAACGCACGUUUACCUUACUUCAGAAGACCUCUGUACAAUGGCGAACCCAGUGGGGGCUGUUUCCACCACUUGUGUUGAGACUACCCUUAAAACUUUUCACCCAAGUAUAUUCCCAAGAAGGCAUCAAAGUUUUAUAAAUUUUUAAUGAAAAUAUUGUCCUAAAACUUCAUUCCUCUCCGUGGUUCAGAUUGUAGCGCAUAACAAACAGCUAAUGCGUUAAAAUACGAAAGAUGAGCCAUCGAGUAUUUAUGACAAUGACACAGGGGAGUACAAUUUUCGUAAAUGCUGGCCCUGGAAAUACGCGACUAAUUUAAUUCAAAGAAAAACGAGCACAUUUCCUUCUGUUCCAUUUCCUUCACGCAACUGACGGCUUUGUGAUAAAACUUAUUAAUUACUAUCAGAUAAUCAUUUUGUACAGAACGCACGCCUUUUCUCAGCAGAAUUAAAUCUAGUCUAUUUUCAUAAUUCUGCCACAGACAUUAAGAGACGUAUCUAUCCUUCCAUGUUAGUAUAGAAUAAUAUUUAGAGAACGAUUUCUUAGUAGCCUAUAGCACGAGGACGUACGUACUUACUUAUUAGUGCUACAGCCUUCAUCUGCCUAAUCAAUGCGCUAUCAGAUAAAAUGUUUAAAAAAUCUCAGUUAAAUAGACAAAGAAUCAACUGUCAAUCAAAAUCAUCUGCAUAAGUUUUAUCUGCCUUUAAAAUUUAGAUAUUUCAGUGUUCACUCGCUUAAACUCAAACAGAAAUUUCCUAUUAAAAUAAGGAGAAUACAUUUCACAGAUGCCUUAAAUUACUAAAGACUGCAAAUUAUGAUUAAAGGCGGGGAACACAAGUCUCAAACAUGACUGUAAGUGCACGAAAGUGACAGUUCACGCUGCACAAGAACCCCGUACGAUCUAAAAGGAACUAACUCGACACGGUUUGAACUGUUCUCCGAGCUCACCAAACACGCACUUAACCACGACCUUUGUGUUUUCUGUGUUAUAAUUGCGUUGUGUGGCAAAUCUCUGUUGUCGGGCUUUCAGUGGACUCACAACAGAAAAUACUCAAGAUGUAAUCGCUGUUCGUAACAAAUUAUGGAAUUAUUUUUGAGAAAAAGUUGUUUGUGUCUAAGUUAGGCCUAAUUAUAGUCGAGUAUCACCCAAUAGGAAAAAAAACAAAUGAAUUAUGUCUGUCUUAGAAUGCUGGAGAGGUGUCUGUUGUCAGUAUGAUAUUGUAAUGGGUAGUGAGAAUGUUUUGAUGGAAUUACACUUUUAUCUGUUACUUGUAUUCGGUAUUUAUGAGCGUAUUCGGUGGUUCCUAGUUUCCUAGCGACAAACAUACAUAAGCAAGUGCACAUGAUAUGGUAUUGUGCUCAUAUAUUUUAAGUUUCGUGCGUUUUCGUCUCUCUGAAUUAUGGAUAAGUAUAUCUGCCAUCAAAUGUAUGUCCGUCAGUUUGGCAACUGCAGAAACAUUGCGACUGCUUCUGCAUGGCAAAUCACACGUUUUAACGAAAGUGAAGGCAUCCUCAAUGGAUGUUAUGCAAAGGGCUAAAAUACACGACUGUAAGACGGACUUCCAGGCUCCUGGUGAAAUAAAAACACGAAAAGAACUAAUUUUAGUUGAAAUUAAUUUAUUUUUCGUAAAGCCAAGUUAAAGGAAUCCGUAAUACGGGCUGCAUAAACUCGCGUCCUGAUUGCAACAUUAGGUAUCAGUGUUACAUAAAAUGGAUUAAAUGGUAACCGAACCCCGCAGCUCCCUUUUAGGAUUCCGAGCCAUUAUGGAGGCGUUAGGCUCGAUUCUCGUCACAGACAAGGUAUAACUUAUCUUCAACCGUAUUUCCCUCCACAUCGUUCCAAAUUCGCAAUUAAAAUCAUCAUAAAAUUUUACUCCUGUAGUGACCGGUCUCAUCACAAAGCUUGUCGGUUUUAACAAGCUGCUGUUGUGUUCGACAUUUCCAGAAAUUGCUUUCGUCUGCCGAAACAACGCGGGCUCACAGUUUCUGCGAUUACAACACGCAGAUUUCCAAGACAAAGACACGUAAAGGAUUGAUUCUGAAGGAUGAGGGGCUCCUCUAAGAUCGAUCAAUCAAGCUGCAACCUAGAGUUUCAAUUCUACAGUUAUGUAUUUGGGCCCUUUGGGGAGUUCGUGAAUCUAACAAAAGAGAUCGUUCAUUUGAAUGCGAGGUCUCUCACGGAAAUGUCAGUCAAACUUUUUCUCGUUAAAUUUUAACCCUAGUAAAUUAUUUUGUUCGCACGAAAAAAUAUUUUGCAGUCCUUAAUGGCCACUGCCCACUCCACCCCCUUCAAUCAAUCUUUAUGUGGCCAACCAUAAGUUGGGAAUCAGCAAUCAGCGUAAUUAGACAACGACCAGUUUCUUGUGUAAAUGCACUGCAGUUUGUGUUCAGAAAUGUGAAAUUCAAGGACGCAUGCGCAAUAUUUACGUCCGAGUAGGCUGUGUUUCCACCUUAAUACAAUUAAAAUAGAAGUGGUAUUCGACAGAAAAGCGAUGAAAAUGAUAAGAUAUAAACAUGUGGAUGCAAUGGACAAAAUGUAGUUACCUAUUCAGAAGUAAAGUUUGUAUUACCAGUUUGUUACUAAAUUUUGUAAAUAACUUUGUAAAAGUCGAUGAUAAAUGUUAAUGUUUUAUCACGUGAACAUUUCAUGUUAUUGUUAAGAGAACACGUAAUCUAUGUUUCAUGAUGUGUGACUAAGAAAUGUACAAAAUGAGAUCUGACCAUUAAAUGGUAGUGUCUGAGUAAGAGCACACC